GAGAUGAAAAAGGGAAAUCACUCAGUGGUGACGGAGUUUGUUCUCUCAGGACUGACAGAUCGUCCAGAGCUUCAGGUCCCUCUCUUUGUGUUGUUCCUAGUGAUCUACAUUGUCACCUUGGUGGGGAAUCUGGGGAUGAUCGUGUUAAUCAAGAUUGACUCCCGUCUCCACACCCCCAUGUACUUUUUCCUCGGUCAUUUGUCUUUCUCUGAUCUCUGCUAUUCCUCCAUAAUUUCCCCUAGGAUGCUGCUGAACUUCUUAGCCGAGAGUAAAAGGAUUUCGUACAAUGCCUGCGCUGUGCAAAUGUAUCUCUUUGGUACUUUUGGUCAUGUAGAUUGCCUCCUGCUGGCUGUGAUGGCAUACGACCGUUAUGUGGCCAUCUGUAACCCGCUGCUCUAUACAGUCACCAUGUCCCGAUGGCUCUGUCAUCAGCUGGUGGCUGGGGUGUAUGCCGUGGGCUUGCUGGACUCAAUGGUACACACCGUUUUUACUUUUCGUUUAUCAUUCUGCAACUCCAAUGCCAUCAAUCAUUUCCUCUGUGAUGUUCCUCCGGUAUUGUCGCUCUCCUGUUCCGACACACGCGUCAAUGAGAUUGUGAUGUUUGUCUCGACUGGCUGCUUGGUCGUGAGCAGCAUUGUGAUCAUUCUCCUCUCCUACGCAUAUAUCAUCAUCACCAUCCUGCGGAUCCGCUCCGCCGAGGGCAGGCGCAAAGCCUUCUCCACCUGCACCUCCCACCUGACGGCCGUGGCCAUGUUCCAUGGCUCCCUCCUCUUCAUGUAUUUCCGACCCUCCACCAGUUACUCCCUGGACACUGACAAAAUAGCCUCUGUGUUCUACACGGUGGUGAUCCCCAUGCUGAACCCCUUGAUCUACAGCCUGAGGAACAAGGAGGUGAAAGAUGCCCACUGGAAAGUGAUGCACAAAUUGCUCACUUUCUCUUGA